UGUCUAUCAAGAGCAGAUUACCACACCCCACAUGUCUUUUUUUCUGAUAGGUAUCAUGGUUCAUUAUUAGUACUGUAUUCCGUACUGUACAACCGGCCUAACCCCAACUCCGUUUGAAGGCUCUAUCUGUCCAAUCUACUUGCACGUACGUUAUGCACCACUUAUCAUAAUUCUAGGGGCCAGAUAAAGUACGGCUUUCCGACGCUGCUGGCCGCUCGUUCGACCCACUUUGAAGAGAAUUGCUGGCCCGAUAUAGUAAUUUCUCCGGCAAAGGCGCUGCCUGUUGAGUAAUCCUGCCCAAGCAAGAUCGUUAUGAGGUCCUCUCGAGAUCGAACAAAACCAGCUAGGCUCGCCUGGGCUGGCGGGUUUAUUCGAGAGUUCACUAAACCAGACUUUUACAGGGCCUAUCUGGCUGAUCGCCACGCCAUUCAGCCCAAAUUCAUUCGACCUUUAUCAGGCCACGGUGCUGCCGUCAGAGGAACUUUGGAUCAUCUUUAAUAUCCUCUAUAACCGCCCUUUACCGUCCGUGCUGAUCUCGGUUUGCCGAAAACGCUCCUUUCGGAGGAGUUGAUCAAAAUGACCCCCGAUACAUCUUCAGUGGAGGCCAAGGGCCCAUCAAAUCUACCUCAAUCGAUCCCGUUCUGGCGACUGGUCACUCAACCUGGUGGUAUCACCCAAGAAGUCUUUGAACAUCCUUAUGCUGGUUCUGGAACGGAAGAUGACCCAUACGUGGUGCAAUGGAUGCCGAAAGACUUUCGCAACCCGCUCCAGUUGAGCACCCGGAUGAAAUGGGGCAUCACCAUGGUGGCUGCCAUGGAAACCCUCGUCGUGGCCCUGGUAUCGUCGGCCUAUACUGGCGGCAUCGUGCAGAUUGAGGAACAGUUCAUGAUCACCACCGAGGUGGCCACGCUUGGAGUCUCUUUAUACGUGUUGGGUUUCGCGCUAGGCCCUCUUCUGUGGGCUCCAAUGAGCGAACUGUUUGGUCGCCAGAUCGUGUUCAUUGGCACUUACUGCGGCUUGACCGUCUUCUGCGCCGGAACUACUGGGGCCAAAAACAUCGAAACUCUUUUGAUUUUCCGCUUUCUGGCAGGCGCCUUUGGAUCUUCACCAUUCACCAACUCUGGCGGUGUGAUUGCGGAUAUGUUCAUGGCCCGCGAACGCGGACUGGCUCUGUCGGCCUUUGCGCUGGCUCCCUUCUUGGGACCGGUGAUUGGACCGAUCGUUGGUGGAUUCUUGGGUAUGGAUGCCGGCUGGAAGUGGGUGAUGGGCCUGUUGACCAUCCUCUGCGCCGUGAUGUGGUUCUUAGGUGCCGCUUUGAAGCCCGAGACGUACGCGCCAGUCUUACUUCGCCAACGCGCAAAGACGCUCUCGAAGUUGACCGGGAAAGUGUAUCUGAGCAAGCUCGACAUUGAUCAAGGUCGUCCUGUGCCGAAAGAGGCUCUGAAGACUGCCCUCUCGCGUCCAUUCAUUCUUCUUUUCCGCGAACCCAUCGUUCUUUUGCUGUCGAUCUACCUCGCAAUUAUCUACGGAACGCUCUAUAUGCUAUUCGGUGCAUACCCCAUAGUAUACGAAAUCCACCGUGGUUGGAACCAGGGUAUCUCUGCACUGGCCUUCCUAGGUGUGAUGGUGGGCAUGUUGGCGGCGAUUGCCUAUUCAAUCCCAGAGAAUACUCGCUAUAGCAAGCUAUUGGAGAAGAACGGUGGCUACUCACCCCCAGAGAGCCGUCUGCCUCCCUGUAUGAUCGCCUCGAUUGCCCUCCCAGCUGGCCUCUUCUGGUUUGCCUGGACCAACUCUCCUGACGUUCAUUGGCUUGCGAGCGUUGCUGCUGGUGUGCCUUUUGGCUUCGGUAUGGUACUUGUGUUCCUGAGUGUCUUCAACUAUCUCAUCGAUGCCUAUACUAUCUUCGCCGCCUCCGUUCUGGCCGCCAACUCGCUGCUGCGAUCUCUCUUCGGUUUUGCCUUUCCCCUUUUCACGACCUACAUGUAUCAGAAUUUGGGAAUUCACUGGGCCUCGUGUAUCCCAGCCUUCCUGGCUCUCGCCUGUGUGCCUUUCCCCUUCGUGCUGUACAAGAAGGGCUUGGCUAUUCGCAAGUACUGCAAGUUCUCUGCGCAGUCUGAAGCGUUCGUGCAGAGCCUCCUUCAAGGUGCCGCUGAGAAAAAUGCACACACUGAGGAGGAUCCGUCCCAGGCGGAUCAGUCGACCAUCGCCGAGGCUGCUACUCGCGUGCCGUCAACUGUUGAAGAAGAGGGAGCUGCUACAACGCACGCAUUCGAAAAGGAAAGUGCCGCCGAAGUCCUGGCGAUGCAUCGCUCCCUCUCGCGCGUCGACACUCAUACCUCGCAAAUCCAUCGGGUUCCCACAUACGAUGGCAACCCGUAUAAUAUUGACCGCAUACAUACCCGCGAAUCCUUCAAAUAAGCUGCUCGUAUCAGGGCAGAGGGAGAGAGGGAAGAUUGCAGUAGAGAUCAGCAAGAAGAUCUUAAUAGGCUCUGGGCCUGAGGAAGAGGCUACGGAAGUUUUUGACAUUUCAACGAUAUCGUUCAUUGCAUCUAUCUGGUGUUUUAUGUUUCCUUUGUUCACUGCUUCUAUCAGCAUAUAGAUAUAAUGAUUACUAUUCCAUACAAAUUG